AUGGCAAUCGUUUGUGUCAUCCGCAUUGAGUGCAGAUCCGGAUUUGAGGAGAUGAAGGCGAUUGAGUUCCAAAACCGAUCAGCGUCAUGGAGAGGUGGAGAAUUGAAAGAGGCUCCAGUCGUGCUGGCCGAAGCUGUGAGCUCGACAUCCUCAGUGGCAGCUUUAGCGCAACCUCGAGCAACCGAUGGCGGUUGGCCUUGCCCUUCGUUCAGGUUGGACCUCAAGGCUGCUAGGGAGGGCAUCGAGGCCAUUGCACCGCUCUAUGGCCUUCCGAUUCCGAUGAAAGGAACGAUGGCCACUGUGGACUUCAUCUCAUCCGCUGGGGUGAGUCUUCUCCACGACUUCCGCGCCAAAGACGAUGCCGACUUUGUGGCUGGUAUGAAAACGGGUAAAGGGUGA